UGGUGGGAUGAUAACUCCCCCUGCCCCGCGUUGUGCUUGGUCAACCCUGUCAAAUGGGGAGGGCAUCCGAGAUUCGACAAAUAUUAGCUUAUUCUACUGUCCGGAUACAACGUAGCGGUUAAGACUUCGAUUUACCCCUUUUCUUUCACUUCUCUUUGAUCUUGUUGACGGGGAGGGCGGUGUUGGUUUUUCUCUUCAUUAGAUGAUAACGACUGGCAAGGCUAGACUAAUUGUAGAGCCUGUUUACUAUUUUGUAGGCAAAGUGAAACGUUUUAUGACUUAUGAAAUAACGUUUUUACACUUUCCUGUGUACCGCACGCAAAAAACGGAUUCCAGUUCUCUCUCCUGUGGAGCGAGCGCCUUUUUUGUAUCGCCCUAGCAACUGGUCCUCGUGGCUGCUGCCUUGUGACAUUUCCUUGUCGCUUUACUCACCAGCCAUCGCAUAUUGAAUUCGCCUUUUUGCACCCGCCUGUAUGCGGGGCCAUUUUUGCAUAGGGUAUUUCCCUACCUCGUCUUUAAUUUGAUUUAUUUAAAACUCUGGAGGUUCAUGCGUCGGAGAAGUCUCAUCUUUCUGCGUCAAAAUGCCUGUGAGACGCGGUCAUGUAGCCCUCCAGAACACUUAUCUGGACACCAUUAUCCGGAAAUUCGAUGGACAAAAUCGUAAGUUCCUGAUAGCCAACGCUCAGAUGAAGAACUGUGGCAUUAUCUACUGUAACGAGGGCUUCUGCCAGAUGUUUGGCUUCUCGCGGGCAGAGAUCAUGCAGCAGCCCUGCACCUGCCAGUUCUUGGUGGGGCCUGGCACCAUGAAGACUGCCCUGACACAGCUGGCACAAGCCCUGCUAGGGUCAGAAGAGCGCAAGGUGGAGAUCCUCUACUACAACAAAGAAGGGACCUGCAGGCCCUGUCUGAUUGAUGUUGUUCCUGUGAAGAAAGCGGAGGGACAGGUCAUCAUGUUCAUCCUCAACUUCCAGGAGAUCAUUGACCCCUCCCUCAAGAAACCAGGUCUGAGACAGAGGGUGGCCCAGGGCUGGGUAUGGGCAGGGCAGAGUCGCAGGCUGAAAUUGAGACUGCCAUUGGUACGUGCAAUGCGUCGGUCUUCCCUCGCCAAAGACCAGUUUGAGGGGGUGGUGGUGGACUACCUACAGCCCAACAGUGAAGAGAUCCCACUGAAAGAGUUAUGUAUCCCGUCCAAGGAGAGCUGCAUGCAGUCUGAGACAGAGGCGCUGAUAGAGCAGGACCAUGAGUCCUCCCAGCCUGCAAGCCACUACUCCCCCAAACUGCUGUCCCUAUUGUCGGAGCGGCUGGAACCCAGUGUGCCCUUCCUCCCCAGCAGCCCCUUCUCCAGUGCAGCCUUUCCCAGGACGGUCCUGCCCCGGAGCCGCUCCAGAGAGACUGUCGGCAGCCUCCGCAGAGCUUCCUCCCUGGAUGACCUCGACAGCAUGAGGGCCGAGUCGGGCCGACCAGGAGACCCACGCUCCAUCAGCAUUCCAUCUGAAUCAAAACAAACCAAGCCAAAGCUACCUGGGCCUGUUGGAGACCUGAAGGCCGGUACUCUGAGCUCCACCUCAGACUCGGACCUGAUGCGACGCAGGACCAGCACUCGCAGGACCAGCACUCGUAACCCCCUCACACUCAGUUUCGCCUCCGACCUCUUGCGACCACCCUCGCCCACUGAGAUCGAGAUCAUCGCUCCCAGCAAAGUAAAGGACCGUCACCGAGACGUCACAGAGAAGGUCACACAUGUCACACAGGUACUGUCCCUAGGGGCUGAUGUCCUGCCAGAGUACAAGCUCCAGGCGCCUCGCAUCCACAAGUGGACCAUCCUCCACUACAGUCCCUUCAAGGCGGUGUGGGACUGGGUCAUCCUCCUGCUGGUCAUCUACACGGCCGUCUUCACCCCCUACUCCGCUGCCUUCCUGCUCAACGAGGUGGAGGAUGAGCUCCGGCGCUCCUGUGGCUACACCUGCAACCCCCUCAACGUGGUGGAUCUGGUGGUGGACGUCAUGUUUAUCGUGGACAUUCUCAUCAACUUCCGGACCACAUAUGUCAAUCACAAUGACGAGGUGGUCAGCCACCCGGGGCGCAUCGCCCAGCACUACUUCAAAGGCUGGUUCCUCAUUGAUAUAGUGGCAGCCAUCCCCUUUGACUUGCUCAUAUUCCGCUCUGGCUCUGAUGAGCCCCAGACGACCACUCUGAUUGGCUUGCUGAAGACUGCUCGGCUGCUGCGAUUGGUGCGUGUGGCGCGGAAGCUAGACCACUACUCAGAGUACGGCGCUGCCGUUCUCUUCCUCCUCAUGUGCACCUUUGCCCUCAUCGCCCAUUGGUUGGCCUGUAUCUGGUACGCCAUCGGCAAUGCGGAGCGCACCAACUCGGCCCGCAUCGGAGGCAUGAAGAUCGGCUGGCUGGACAACCUGGCUGAACAGAUUGGUAAACCAUACAACGACACAGACCCUGCCUCCGGCCCCUCCACCAAGGAUAAAUACGUCACAGCGCUUUACUUUACCUUCAGCAGCUUGACCAGCGUGGGCUUCGGCAACGUUUCCCCCAACACCAACCCUGAGAAGAUCUUCUCCAUCUGCAUCAUGCUAAUUGGCUCUCUGAUGUAUGCCAGUAUCUUUGGUAACGUGUCGGCUAUCAUCCAGAGGCUGUACUCUGGCACAGCCCGUUACCACACCCAGAUGCUGCGUGUCAAAGAGUUCAUCCGCUUCCACCAGAUCCCAGAGGGACUACGCCAGAGACUGGAGGAGUACUUCCAACAUGCCUGGUCCUAUACCAAUGGCAUCGACAUGAACGCUGUGCUGAAGGGUUUCCCUGAGUGUCUGCAGGCUGAUAUCUGCCUCCACCUGAACCGCUGCCUGCUCCAGAACUGCAGGGCCUUCAAGGGGGCCAGUAACGGCUGUCUGCGGGCGCUGGCCAUGAGGUUUAAGACCACCCACGCCCCUCCGGGUGACACCCUGGUCCACAUGGGAGACGUCCUCUCAGCUCUCUACUUCAUCUCUAGAGGGUCCAUAGAGAUUCUGAGAGACGAUGUGGUGGUGGCCAUACUGGGUCAGAAUGAUAUCUUCGGCGAACCCAUCUAUCUUUUUGGGCGUCCAGGGAAGUCCAGUGCAGACGUCAGGGCUUUGACCUACUGUGACCUCCAUAGGAUCCUGAGGGAGGACCUGCUGGAGGUGCUGGACAUGUACCCAGACUUCUCCGACUGCUUCUGGACCAACCUGGAGAUCACCUUCAACCUCCGAGAUGUAGAUAGAAUGAACCAGGCACCUCCCAGUGAGGACUCUGAAUGUGGAUACCGACGGCCGCGGCCACGACGCACAAGAAACCGGCCUGACGGCAUGGACCGUGAGGACUCAUUUCCAGACCAGUCGUGUACUUUGGGGAACCACAGCGGCCCGGACACAAGCUCCCACUGGGAGGGCAUGUGUAGCAGCGCCAGCGCCUGCUCCCAGUCCAGUGACGAUGAGAUGAAGCCCCUGGGACAUAGCAUAGCAGAGCUGUACCCCUCUGUGGACGACACCGAUGACUACCCCCCUGCUGUGGUCAGCCUGCUGCCUCCCAGCGAACCCUCAGCCAGCAUGGGGCCGCCCCUGGACCGAGGAAGUCACCAAUACACAGCUGCCGCCCCCAUCAACAUGCCAGGCCCAGGGGUGUAUGGGUAUUGGCCUGACCGGAGGACCAGUCAGUUGUCAGAUCCCCAGCAGCGCUGCUCCUCAGUCAGGGGCACCUACCACUCUCCUCCCUGUGCAGAGGACAGGCCCAAUGAACUGGAGUCCAGAGUGGAGCUGCUACAGUCCCAGCUCCGCAGACUGGAGACUCGGAUGACUGCAGACAUCCACGUGAUCCUGCAACUGCUCCAAAGGCAGAUAACCCCAGUGCCCCCGGCCUACAGCACUGUGUUGCCCAGCCCUCACCCUGCUCACCCCACCACCCUGUACAGCACAGCAGCCCCCAUCAUCCACACUGUCCCCUCCAUGCCCCCAAUCAAGAUUGACAGCAUGCUUUCGCCACUGCAGAGCCCGGACUCAGACAAGCACAAGUCCAAGGACUCCCUGUCCAGUGGGAUCCACCUCACGGUGGCCUCUGAUGACACCAUGUCCAUGUCCCCUGAGACAGAGCCCCUUCCAGGGUCCUCCAUGGGCCUCAGCCCCCCCCAUGUCUCCUGCCAAACCCUGGGGCCCUCUGGACUGCUGUGUGGCAGCCUGCGUUUCCCCUCCCUCCCUGACAACCUGGAGACCUCCACAGAGGGGCAGGAGAUUCAGAGGCACGUUUCUGACCCCAUCCUGCCAGGCAGCUAAAACCCUCUGACCUUUAACCUUGAACCUGAUCAUCCCUCACUCCUAGCACCCCCUGCACCACCACAGGAGGACAAUCACAUGUUGUCAGAGUCACUUCUCUAAUCGUCGCCUCUCUCAUUCCUCUUCUUCAAUCCCCACCCAACCCCCUAACCUGUAAGAUGCUGCUGAUCAACGUGGGUUGCCUUCCACAAAGCUGAGAGGAAUUUCUAUGGAGGGCCCCCUCUCACUGACUCACAGUGCCCGGGGCUGAGGCACCUCUGGUCCUGUGCGACAAACAACCUCUCCUCUCUAUCAGAGCCUAGGGCAUUAUUGAGAGGGGGUUUAGGAUUUCUGCAACCCAGACCCCACAAAGCCUGGGGGCCUGGCACUGCCUAUGGAGAACUGAUAUGAAACUGGGCUGACUAGAAGCACACGUACACACACGUCACACAGACACUAACAAUAACCCCAAACCCCCUUUUCCCUGGAUCUCAAAGCUGUAGUAUUGUCAUUCCUCUCUCGUUUUCCUUUUGUUAAGUGAUGGUCCUUUUAUGCCAUGGUCCUUUUUGUUGGGAGAUAAGAAUUUGGCCAAAAAUACAUAUAACUGUGUGUACUGUAUGUUUACACUGUAGAGGAACUGCACAUUCAGGCUCAGUGCUGUUUAUAAGUUGAACUGAAAUGUAUUUUUAUAGUAUCAUGAGGAUCUUACCGUCAAUCUGGAAAAUCGAAUAGUUAUUUCUUUCACACUAUUGCUAUGUUGGUGUAACAUAUUAUCAACAGAUGAUAUAAAAAGAUGGUAUAAAUGCCAUCUAAAUACUGUUGAUGUCUGUAUGGUAGGAAUGACUACUGUAAAAGUGGCCAUUUUUGAAUACAGUAAUUCUACUCUCAUGUUCUACCAUCAUAUGACUUAAUGGAAAGCAAUAUUUGUUAACAUGAAGUGACAUGUCUCAUUAUUGAGUCAACAUUGUCAGGGGUCAUGAGAACAGAUAAUUGACAUGGGGAAAAAGCAUAAUGGACAGUUUUGUCAUCUCUUUUAUGCUCUUUUAUGCUGUAGUUAUGUAGCACUUGUGAAGCAUUAUAAACACUUUCAUUUAUACGGCCAUUACUGCUUUGCUUGGGUCAUCAUGUUUGUGUAUGUCUAUAUAUCUGUUCUGUUUCACAGGACUGUUGUUACACCAAGGAUGCAUCAUCUCUUUUUCAGGUGUGUGUGUAUGUGUGUGUGUCUGCGCAAUGUUUGGUCACAUGGUCACAUAUUUAACAUCACCCUUUUGAAAGGCCCGGAUUAAAUCUGAUUCUACAAGACAAUGUUCCCGCUUUUGAAGAGACCACAUUAUCGGUAAACUCUGCAUAUGUCGGCUCAAUCAAAAAUUACGUUCAAGUGGUGCAUUGUCCAAAUCUGCAAUCAGAAUGGAUCCUGGCCCAAAUGUGUGUAAUGACUCAAGGUGCCAACGUUAGUGGAUGUUUGAUGCCCACCUGGGAGGAAGUGAUGUGGAUGUAAUCUGCCAAUCAAGUGAUGUCACUGGGAUAGUGUCAUUUUCCCAGAAUCCCAGUGUCAAGAUAUUUUUGACAGUUUCAGGAGAAUGUAACAAUGUUUUUUAAGCCUUCCUUGUUCUGUAAAGGUUUCUUGAAGCACAAAAUCAUAAUUCUUAUUCAUAUUUUUUAGAUUAAAGAUUAUUUAUAACAAAUAAUACAGAAACUUCAACUACUGACAAGUUGUUUAUUUUUGGUUGAGGGCUUGGACUUAAGUGGUUUGCACCAUUUACUAUUCUUCAGUUGGGCUUACUUUUGUGGAAUUCAUAGACAUUAACUUAUAAAACAUAUUUUAAAACCAGGAAUUCAUUCAGUUGGGCCAUGUUAAACACCCUGUUCAUUCCAAAGGUGUUUGAUGGGGUUGAGGUCAGGGCUCUGUGUAGGCCAGUCAAAUUCUUCUUCCACACGAUCUCGACAAACCAUUUCUGUAUGGACCUCGCGUUAUAUGCAUGGGGGCAUUGUCAUGCUGAAACAGGAAAGCGCCUUCCCCAAACUGUUGCCACAAUGUUGGAAGCACAGAAUCUUCUAGAAUGUCAUUGUAUGCUGUAGAGUUAAGAUUUCCCUUCAAUGGAACUAAGGGACCUAGCCCGAACCAUGAAAAACAGCCCCAGACCCUUAUUCCUCCUCCACCAAACUUUACAGUUGGCACUACACAUUAGGGCAGGUAGCGUUCUCCUGGCAUCCACCAAACCCAGAUUUGGCCGUCGGACUGACGCGUUUCUACUGCUUCAGAGUCCAAUGGCAGCAAGCUUUACAUCACUCUAGCCGGCGCUUGGCAUUGCGCAUGAUGAUCUUAGACUUGUGUGCGGCUGCUCGGCCACAGAAACCUAUUUCAUGAAGCUUCCGACGAACAGUUAUUGUGCUGACGUUGCUUCCAGAGGCAGUUUGGAACUCGGUAGUGAGUGUUGCAACCGAGGACAGUUGAUUUUCACCACUCGGCGGUCUCGUUCUUUGAGCUUGUGGAGCCGUUGUUGCUCCUAGACGAUUCCUCUUCACAAUAACAGCAUUACAGUUGACCAGGGCAGCUCUAGCAGGACAGAAAUCUGACAAACUGAGCUCUUCAGUUAGGCCAUUUUACUGCCAAUGUUUGUCUAUGGAGAUCGCAUGGUUGUCUGCUAAAUCUUAUAUUCCUGUCAGUAACGGGUGUAGCUGAAAUAGCCGAAAACACUAAUACUCAAAUAGUGAAAAUUAUGAGUGAGAAAUGUUGGUGGGAUGGAGUUCUGGCCUGCCUGGUGUCAUCACCAGGAAGUAAAUUAGUUAAUUGAUCAAAAAGAGAGUUCCCAACCUCUCUGCCGAUAACAGCUAGUUUUCAGCAGGUUGACAUUUGUCAUGAAUCUUGCCCUGGAAGCAGAACUGAGCUAUUUCUGCUAAAUGGGCCAGUUGCAAAGUCAAAAUUGGUUAUAUCGUAAAAAAUGUAUGUAAACUAAAUUAGCUUUUUGGUCUUAAUUUAAGGUUAGGCAUUAGGGAUAGCAGUGUGGUUAAGGUUAGGUUUAAAAUGAGACAUUAUGACUAUGUGGCUGUCAGCAGCAAGUGACCACUCUGUAGAGCUGCCUCCAGUGCAACGUUCAUGACAAUAAAUGCCAACCGGACAGUUUUCCGUUUUCCCCUACAUAACAGAAAUUGCUCUUUUUGACCAUUUUAAUUGAACAUAAUCACUAAGGUACUUAACUGUUACCCAUAAACGAUUUAAUGUUGAGAUCAAAACAGCUGUAUUAGACCUUUAAGAACACUGCAGAGGGAAUGUAAUGUUAGGAGCUGACAGACCUAUACCUGCUCACUGAAAUACAUUGCCAUCUGCACAUUGAAGUGACAUUAUGCCCACCUAAAUAAAUCAUGACAUCCUGA